AUGGCCUCUACGGAGUCCAACUCCAACGACAUGGCUGUCGAAAGCGCCUCUAGCUCACCUCCACCGUCUUCUCCCAUCUCCGAGAAAGACUCCUUUACAUCUCCCACCCACUCUCGCUCCGGUUCCUUCGUCGGUUCCUCUAGAGAUGAAGAUUGGGAGGGUGCCGCCCAGGUUGAUCGCCUGACCCUCUUCGACCUCCUCGACAACCUCGCCCUCCCAACUCUCGCCCUAAACCAGAGAAUCGAAAAGUGGAAUAGAACUCUUCAUACCCAGAGCGAGACGUUUAAAAAACAGGGGAAAUAUGUUAAGGAAACCUACGACAAACAAAAGGAGAGAGUCCUUAAGAAGAAAGAUGUCGAGCUUGACAAGUUGAGAUCUCGUUAUGGCAAAAACAUCGACCAGUUGAUGAAGCGAUGGCAAGAUCAAAAAGUUGUCACCAUCAGAGAAAAGAUAUCGUUUGUCGUUGGUGUCUGUAAUAUCUUCAUCAGCGGCUACCUCCUUGGUGGUUAUCCAGGUAUGAUGCAUUGGUGGUACACUCUCCAAAUGGCGUAUUUCAUGCCUAUCCGCUUCUAUACCUACCAUAAGCGUGGCUACCACUACUUCCUCGCCGAUCUCUGCUACUUUGUCAACGUCCUCCUUCUCUUGUCGAUAUGGGUCUUCCCAAAUUCCCGCCGUCUCUUCAUCAGUGCCUACUGUCUUUCCUACGGCAACAACGCUUGGGCAAUUGCCAUGUGGAGGAAUUCGAUGGUUUUCCAUUCCCUCGACAAAAUCACCUCCCUCUUCAUCCAUCUCAUGCCUCCCGUCGUCUUGCACUCAAUCGUCCACCAAAAUGCGAUGCAAGGCAAGAUGUUUGCACUCGAACGAAUGAGACAGGAGGGCGGUUUCGGUCUCUUCGAGAUGAUCGGGUGGGCGUCGAUACCGUACAUCUUCUGGCAGGCUAGCUACCAUUUCUUCAUAACAGUACGCAAAGCGGACAAGAUUGCUGCCGGAAGGCCAACUUCAUUCACUUGGUUGCGAAGAAGUUACUCCAAGACCUGGAUCGGGAAAUUCGUGCUAAGUUUGCCGGAAUCAUUGCAGGAGUUUGCGUUCAUGUCCAUCCAAUACUCCUAUGCCGUUCUGACUAUGCUGCCUGUGCCGUUGUGGUUCCAUUCUAGAACCUUGAGUUGUGUUUUUGUGUCGGCGUUAGGACUGUGGAGUGUUUAUAACGGUGCUACCUACUACAUCGACGUCUUUGGCAAGCGUUUUGAGAAGGAACUUCUCUCACUCAAGCGAGACAUUGAGAGGUCGCAAAGAUCAUCCAUGCCGCCUACCCCGGGGUCUGAGCUUUCGAGCAACCCAUUAGGUGUACCGAUCUCCCCAGAAUUCCAGAACCCAACGAGCAAUGCAUCAACUCGAGACGAGAUACAGGACUCUAGGGAUGCUGGGUUGUCGACGUUAGAACAACUACCUCCUGCAGCCAUCGAUCCGGGUUUGAGGCAUAGGAACACUGGUGGAAUCAUUCUUGACGGGGAUGGAAAGUAA